AUGUCUGAUCCUGAUAUCACAAGUUCCCAUUCCGACGAUAUCAAUAAUCACAAUGGUAACAAUAAUGAUAAUGAUGAUAAUAAUUAUGGGGAAGAAAAUGACAGAACCUUGCUUCUUUCCCAUAGCGGUUUACGCAACAACUCCAACACUCUCAAUGUCUCAUCAUCCAUCGCCAACAACAGCAAUGGUAUCGAAGACAUCACUGAUGAAACCGACAACAACCGUUACAACGGCCGCCAAUUCACUCUUCGUGGGAUUUUCGUCGGUUUCAUAGUCGGCACGAUCCUGGCUGCUGUCAACGUUUACUUUGGUUUGCAAAUUUUCGUUCAAACCGUAGCCGUCGCAGUCGGUUGCAUGUCCCUCACUGGCGGCUUGAUCGGCGUCAUUCCUGCCAUUGAAAAACUCUUGACAACAGAAGAAUCGGGCCCCAUUCGUCUGUCCACCCCAUCCUUGAUAAUAUGGAGCCUCGGUCUCGCCUUCUUCGGCGUCAUUUACUCGGUGCCGCUGAGAAAGCAGCUCAUCGUCCGCGAGAAACUAAAGUUUCCCAGUGGCACCGCCACCGCCACUAUGAUAUCCCUCCUACAUAAUGGCCAGGCCGACAUUCGCACGGAGGGCCUCCGUCAACGUAGAACUACUGGGUCCUAUCGUCGUAUCCGGGAAGAUGAAGAAGAAACAGAAGACUACCGGGAAACACCAUUGUCUUCUGCGCCGUAUUAUGACUGGAGAUCCCAGACCAGAAUAUUAGGCAUCGCAUUUGGCGUUUCUGCCAUCUAUACCCUUUUGACAUUCUUCCUUCCCGUCUUGCGGAAUUUGCCAAUAUUUGGAUACGAGGCCGCUCAAACAUGGCUAUGGGCGCUCAAUCCGUCGCCAGCUUAUAUCGGCCAGGGUAUCAUCAUGGGCCAGUCAACAACCCUGGCUAUGCUCUUCGGAGCUAUCAUCGGCUGGGGCGUGCUCUCCCCUCUUGCGAAAAAACAAGGUUGGGCUCCAGGCAUUGUCAAUGAUUGGAAAUCCGGGAGUCGUGGGUGGAUUGUAUGGAUUAGUUUAGCUAUCAUGUUGGCAGACAGUGUGGUUUCAUUAUCCCUGCUCGCGGUAGAUACCGCACUGCCCUUGAUGAAAACACAGCUUCGUCGGAGAAGCUUCCUAAGGAGAUACAUUCCGAUAUCUAUGGUUAUUUCAGCGGACGACGACGGCGAUGAUCAGGAUGAGAAGGAAGAAGAUGCACCAUCUGAAGAGCAGAUCGGCUUCAAGACAUUCAUUGUCUCGCUGCUACUGACAACCUUGCUUUGUAUCCUUACUAUACGGUACACCUUCCCUCAGGUCCCAAUAUACCUGACUAUCGUCUCCCUCGGUGUGGCUUUUGUCCUAUCCGUUAUGGCAGCGAGGGCGCUCGGGCAGACGGACUUGAAUCCUGUCUCUGGAAUCAGCAAGAUCUCCCAACUUUUCUUCGCGCUGAUCGUCUCCAAGACAACAAGUUCCGCUGUCCUGAUAAACCUCGUGGCAGGCGCUGUAUCAGAAGCUGCGGGGCAACAAGCGGGCGAUAUCCUUCAAGACCUCAAAACAUCACAUCUGCUAUAUGCCUCUCCGAAGGCGCAGUUUUACGGACAACUAGUGGGAGCCGCUUACGGGGCGGUUAUUUCGAGUUUGCUGUAUCGUCUGUACGACCAUGUCUACACGAUCCCUAGUAAAAUGUUUGAAAUGCCUGCAGCGAUAGUUUGGAUUGAUUGUUCACGACUGUUAUACGGUGAGGGUCUACCGCCGUACGCACAGCAGUUUUGUAUCGCAUUUGGAUUGGUUUUUGCAGCUAUGACAGCCAUAAAAUCACGGAGCAAAGCGAGUCGGUUUGCAGAAUGGCUACCCGGAGGGAUAGCGGUGGCAAUUGGAAUGUACAAUACACCAUCAUUUACAUUAGCAAGGGUGAUUGGAGGAGUGGUAGAGGGGUUUUGGAGGAGGAGAGCGACAGGAGCGCAGGAUAUGAAGAAUAGAGAGACAGGGUUGAUUCUGGUGGCGUCUGGGGCUAUUAUAGGAGAGGGCCUGGCGAGCCUGCUUCCAAACCGCUCCGGUGAUGAGAUUGAUGAUCUCCGGCGAGAUGAAAUCGUUACUACCCUGGUUGAGCUUUCCAAAAGCCAUAUCGAGGCUGUCGCCACCGAUUUAAUCCGCCUAGUGGACACAAUCACUCCUCUGGACACCUCACGACCAAGACUGCCUCCCCUCGUCGUAUUAUCUCAAACCUUCCUCGCCGAGCUCCUCGCCGACUGUCUAGGUGCUCAUUGGGACUCCAACGAAGAAGAAGAACACGGCCGCUACCGUAACGAACAUGGUGAUCCCCACCAAGGAGGCAGUAGCCCUCGUGUGUCACCUCUCACCGCUCGGAAGAUCCGUAGAAUCGGGCCUCCUCCAUUGAAUGAACAUCUAGCUCAACAUAUGCUUGACUUGGUGCUAAGGUUGUCUCCGAACCAAGUAACCAUCGACGAAUCGGUCGCAUCGCCAGCCCAACCAACUGCAACUGCGAGAAAUGGACCACAGGGACAGUCCUCCGAAGACACAAGCUAUGUAUCCAAAGCUAGCGACCUGGAUAAAGCUGUAUUCGGCAUCAUGGAAUAUCUUAGCGCUUCUAAUUGGUCGCUAGUCUUCCUAAAUCUCCAGAAAGUUCUCAAACAAUUGGGGCGGCCGGGCUCGGAUGACGUCGAUGCUAAUGGAAUACAGCUCCUCGCUCACGUAUGGAUCAAUUCAAAACAGCUCACCCUGAUCCUAAUCGAACUCACCGCCGUAUUAUACCACGUGAAAAAGCAAUACCAGCAAAUUAUUGCUCAACUACUACCGGAAGCUAUUCUAAAAUGGAUCGAUACACACCCGCAGGAGUUUGUAAACCUGCAUCUAGGCCAGCGAAGGCUGGAGGGAGGUGCCGAUGUUUUGUUUGAUAUCACUUACGCGAUGGCCGAUACAGUGAAGAGACGAGUAAUAUUCUGGCCGAUGCAGACGACGCUGUUGCUGCUUAUUCCGGAAGUCUUUCUUGGUUCUAUGCUUGGUGACACCGCUAGGAAUCCGAACACAAGAAGGAUCAAUUUCUUGGAGGGUCUUAGGAAAACUCUUCGUCUACAAAGGUCCGCCGACACCGCAGCUUCUUGCCUCGUAACAAUUUGCCGCGCUGCAAGUUACUUUGACAAUAACCCCGAGAUCGCAAUCCUGAGUUUCGCUUUAGACGUACAGAACGAAAUGAAAGAGGAGAUAUUCAAGAGGAAAUUCGACGAGGAUACCGCUCUCGACAGGGAUAUUAUGGUCAAAGCUUUUGUUUCUCUCUGUCACUUAUCGAAGGAUCAAGUUGUCGAAAACUUGCUCCCCCGCUUGUUAGAUCGUGCUUCACAUCUAUCGUACAAAGUCGUCGUCUUCACGGGGGCAGCCAUAAUAGCUUCACAAGACCGUACAAACAGCUUCCUAUCGCUCUACCAAACUAUUUCACCCGACGUCCGAAACUUCUUAUACACUGUCGGUAAUGCAAAACGAAAUAAUUCAGUCAACAGCAAUAAUGGCGUUAGUCGCAGAGUUGACAAUCAGUCGUCAGAAAGUUUAUUAUCGUCUGAGCUACUCCAUCAACUACUUGAACUUUUGAAGAUACGGCCCAAUUUACUAUUUGAGGGCGCGUCGAGAGAAGAAAGUUCUACAUUUUUCGAGAAGACUUUGUCAUGCAUCCUAAACUGCGCAAGUGAAGACGAUACCUUGAUCACAAAGUUGUCGACCGAGUUCGCAAGGCGAUUGAUAUCAAGGGAAACAACAUCGUUGAGUCCAAAUAAUGCGGCCACAAAGACAGAAGCCGAGGUUCAAAUUGAGUCCUGGAAGGGUGCAUCAGCAACUUUGGUUACUUUUUCUCGGAAGCUUCUCGAUUAUGAUCUUAGUGAUCCCACCCUGAAGGUGAUGCUUGGUUUGGUGAGAGAUUAUAUGGAAACUAGGCUAAAUUUCCUCAAGUCUCCACCCAUGAAAAAUCUCAUAGAUUCUGGAGCAGAUGUUGCCGAGAGACAGAUCGCGGGUAUCUCUUUAGAAGUAUCCUUCUUGGUCCUCCUCUGCUCGAGUGACCUUGAUAUUUGUUCUCUGAUAACCAGUGCGAUCAACAUUCUAUGUGAAGAGGGAAGACUGACCGAGAACAUGGAAGACCUAGAGAGGUCGGGCUUGAGUGUCAUGAAAAACUACGCUGUAUACUCAGAGCUCUCCUCUCCGAACUUCCGUAUGACCGGCCCGGUAGCCUUUCAAAAGAGGCUGAGGAAACUGCUAGUACGGAUGAUACGCCCCACGGCAGGUAUCCUCACAGCUUGGGAGGCGGUUUUCACGAAAUGGAAGACGCUCUGCAAGGUUGUCGUGAGCGGAUCAUCUUCUCGGCAAUCCGCGGUUGAUGAACGGACCCUCGUGGAAUGGAGAAAUUACUCUGGCUUCCUAGCUGCUUUGGGCGGUUGCUGUAUCUCUCCUCCACCUCAAGAAAUUCGACCGGAUGACGCAUCUGUAGCUGGUCUGAGAUGGAUUGAUCGGUUAGCCCCAGACGGUGACCCCUACUCUCUCCUAGAAAGAUUCAUGCGCCAGUGUCUCCAGUUGCUAGUAUGCAGUUCAUUGAAUGUUCGAGAGGCGAUCCGUGAAGUUCUCGGGUCCGAAAUGAACCCGAGGCUUUAUGUUUCGUUCUUUAGGUCGCUAGAGAUCGAGUUGAACAGUGUCUUCGAGAACAACCCCAAUGCGAUUGCACAGUCCGCUGACGGGAAAUUAUUGUUUGCGGAGCAAUCUACGUCAUUGCUUCGUGCAAUCAUUGACCGAGUCGAGGAUACACAGGAGAGUUUGAUCGCCAUAGAUUUUGGGGCUCUUACUCUAAUCCUCGCGAAAUUCUUACAUAAUCUCAAGGACGAUGCAUCGGCCCUUAGGGCUAAGGUUAAAAUGUGCCAAUUGGUUGAGGUCGUAGCUAGGAAAAAGGAUCUGUUGGAUCUUCGACAGGAUAUACGAGUUCGUAAUAGUCUCUUGCAGAUCCUUGUGGAUUGGAUGUCGCGGCUGGGCAAGUCCGAGCAAGCUGUCGGGACCACUGCAGUUCGUAGGGAUGAAAUCGGUCGUCUACGUGGGGAUCUUGACAGAGCGGCUUUGAAGGCUCUUGUAAAUCUCCUAGCUCGGCUCCCCCUACAACCCACCGAGAGCCACGACGCGGAUGCAUUAGAUGCCAAAUCGCAGCUCUUUUGCAACUACUUCACCACAUUCCUCAACUUGCUAGAGAAUAGUCAACAUGAAGCUGAGAAGCGGCGGGAUCAGAAUUCUGCUGUGAUCACCCGAGACGAUUCUUCCUCAACGCUAGAGCUUGCUAUCUUGGCAUUGUCCAAUCUCCUCAGUGCAAAUGUAGAUGUUGGUCUCAAGUUUUCCCUUGAGAUUGGGUAUCAUGAAAACAUCGAGAUUAGAACGGCUUUCAUGCAUGUUCUAACUAAUAUUCUCACGCAAGGCACCGAGUUCUCUUCCUUAGGAGAUUCUGCCAUCGGGGAAAAGUAUGAGAGAAUGAUUCAACUUCUCGUUAAUAACUUCAAGUUUGUCCUUGCCUUGUGCCACUCCUGUCCCACGAGUGAAAUUGAUGAAAUCGCUUUCGCGCUGCUCAACAUCUUCGACUCUAAGGGGCUUGGAUUGACUCUCUUGAAGGAGCUUAUUGAGCAAGAAGUUGCUAAUACUGAAAGUGAAUCCGAGCUUCUGCGACGAAACUGCGUCGCAACCAAGAUGCUCUCAGUCUUUGCCAAGUGGAAGGGUGCGAACUACCUCCGCCAGACCCUCCAGAAAGUUCUUGAAAAGUUAUUGAAUUCAGCAGACGAGCUGGACUUUGAGCUGGAUCCAGCCAGAACUUCAUCGCCGGAAGAGCUCCAGCGUAAUGCGCUUCAACUACGCUUUGUCACAAACGUUUUCAUUGAAGAGAUAUGCAAGAGUGUUCCGCAAGUUCCAGCAUCCUUCCGAUAUAUCUGCCACACAAUCACAACGGCCGUCACAACAAGGUUCCCCGAAGCUAAAUUUACUGCCGUCGGGGCCUUUAUUUUCCUUCGUUUCUUCUGUCCUGCCAUCGUGGCUCCCGAUUCCGAGGGUCUAGUGAAAUCUAUACCCAAACGAGGAAUGCGACGAGGACUUCUCUUGAUUGCUAAAGUUGUACAAAAUCUUGCGAACAAUGUUCUUUUUGGUGCGAAAGAGCCUUAUAUGAUACCCUUGAAUGAUUUUUUGACUUUGAAUAUUUAUCGAGUUACAACAUUUUUGCGUGAUAUUUCAAGCCCCAUCAGUAUUCCUGAUCAAGCUGCGGCUGUAGAGGUUUUCGAUUUUGGAAGCUGCAUAGCUUUACAUCGGUUUAUGUACGACCAUUGGGAAGUCGUGCGACAAAAGUUGUUGCAUCCGCGUAUAACGAGCCCGGUGGCUCAGAACAGUGCUACUCCGAAGUAUACGGCGAACGAUCUCAAGGCACCAGUUGCAGAAUUUUCGGCUUUGAUACCGACACUUGGAGCGCCGCCGUUAGAUUUCUCAUGGACUCGGCCGCAGUUACAAGCGACCAUACAACCAUCAUACUACAGGUUUCAGCAAUUUAUGCUGCGGAACUCUGGAAGGAGUGUGGAACCUAUCACCUCUGCUAGGAUUGUGUAUGAUGGCGGUGAGUCAAAGGAUGGUAUGCCUGUUAUCUGUAUUAUCCUCCGCAAUAUCAACGCAGAGACAAUCGAUAUCGAACUACUAAUAUACUGUUUCCUUAAGAUUGCUGGUCGCAUGUGGAGUAAGCCGUUUGGACUUCUCAUUGAUGCGACUUCGUAUACCAUUGGCAAUGAGCUUCCUGACGACCUUCCCAAGAAAGUGGACGCCUUGAGUCCGCCAGAGAUGUUGGCAAAUAUGAAGCGGUUUUACGUCUAUAACAUGAACAGUGCGUAUAGGAAAUAUUUCCGCCGGAUGGUCAGACAUGCAUAUAAAGAUGAUACGAGUGGGUUCCAUCCGAAGAAUAUCGAGUAUACACUGCUUGGAAACUUGAGCGAGCUUGAAAGGCAUUUUCAUCUACCAUCCCUUCAUCUACCAAAAGAUACGAUGUCACUCGUAGCAGACUCCCGAUUUGUGUUCCAGCCAGUCACACGCCUAUCUAAGACUAAGGGUCGGAUUGAUGUGGUGAUCAAGAUCGGCAGCCAGUAUAUACAGAUUACGACUACCAAAAAGCAGGAUAUUUUACCGGGACUAAGGAUGCAGGCUGUAGUCAAUGAUAUUUUCUCACUAUCGGAGAUCGAAGAAGCAAAUGCGUCUUUCCACACAGAGGAAGAGAAUGCGUUUGGCAUCAAGACAGAGAACGGUAAGGUUGCAAUGUUCUUCUCGAGCCCAAGGAGAGCCGAUAUUCUUCACCAUAUCAAAUCAGCGAAAUCAAAGUCGAUGAAAGAUAGCCGACCGUCACCGCUUAGUGAGAGAGUCAUUCGACCCGAGGACGUCCCCGGUACACUCCUCAACAUCGCGCUUAUGAACAUGGGAAGUGCAGAUCAAUCACUAAGGAUUUCUGCUUAUAAUCUGCUUUGCGCUCUAUGCCAAACGUUCAGGUUUAAGGUUGAUCGACAGUUUGUUAGUGCAAAGGGGCUUAGCAUACCGGCGGACUCGCUCAAUCUGAUAGUUGGGGUUAGCGAAAAGUUGGCUGCGAAUGAGCCGCAAUUGACUUUUGAUUUCUUGACCGAAUUCUUUGUCGGCUGGGCCAAGUCGCCGUUACAGCAGAGGCCUUUGAGUAUAUUGUAUAUGGCGCCGUGGCUGGUAAACCUUCAUUCGCAGGUUUUGGCACUUGACGGUGAUAGCGAGCGGGGUAAAGAGCGGCUUGCGGGAAUCGCUCGAAAGCUGAUAGAGAUAACGGUCAACGAAACAAUUCUCUAUAGCAACUUCCAGCAAAAUGCAUGGUCGGUUAUUAGCAGGGAUGAGAGUUUGUUGGAGGUGUUCUUCGAGGAGCUUAUUAAAAGCGCUAUCAACUAUGGGUUUGGUUCCGCAGAAGCCGAAGUGAUCGGGUCCAUCGCUGCAUCGUUUGGGACGCUGACAAUGCGUGGAAAGAUCAUUGCAAGGGUCAGGAAGGCCUUGAAUAGAACCUCGCUCAGGCCCACAAGACACCUCAAGGAUAAUGUGAUAUGGAAAGAGAUGUGCGUUCUUCUUCGAAUAUGCUUGGCUAUCUCUUUUGACAGCAGGGCACAGGCACAGAUGUUCUUGCCCGAGCUAUUCCACAUUAUCACCAUGGUUGUCAAUUGCGGAAGUACAAACGUUAGAACUACAGUGCACAGCUUACUCAUAAAUACUGUCCACUCUAUAUGUACGUCUUUCCCGCUCGAUGACGAGAAUCUGGGGAAGCUUAAAGCAAUUCUCGCAUCCCUCUCGGAGCCGAAACUUGGACUCCUGUUCAGUAUACACCGACAGACCUCACGGGAUGGCACGAUCGAAGAGAACCGGACGACGACAGAGAGUAAUUCAUCGACAUCCUCCACGGAGACAAUCACAAAUCUGCUAUUAGAGAUUAUUAGUAUCGCUGCCCCUUCCGUUGAUAUGGCCAACAUCUGGAGGGCUAGGUGGAUGAGCCUUGUCGCGAGCACGGCUUUCCAAAAUAACCCAGCAAUCCAACCGCGUGCGUUUGCAGUUAUGGGAUGCCUGGCCCGGGAAGAUGUCGACGACGAUCUUCUUUACCAAGUCCUUGUGGCACUCCGUAGUGCUCUAGCAAGAUUUGUGGAACAGGGUGAUGCAGAAAUGUUAGUCAGCAUCAUCACGAGUUUGACGAAGAUGGCAAAUAACCUACCACCUUCGUCAAGAUACCUGCACCAAAUGUUUUGGUUGGCGAUGUCCCUUAUCCGCGUGGGACCACCUUCGCUCUUCAAUUGCUCUGCUGGGCUCCUGCAAGCUGUCCUACGAGUUAUUGCAUCAUCGGAUGAGUUCAAGGAUGGGAGAAUGGCCGUUGUGCUCAUGCAAGGGAGGUUUACGGUAGAAGAAGCUGCCGCUGCGGUCGAUGACCUCUUCGGUAUCAACUUUGAGAUGGCAUUCUUUGCCUAUUCCGCCUGCUUCUGUAUCGUCAAAGGAUUGUCCGAUCCCACUACCCGGGCUGUGACCUUGCGCACUUUCACAACCUUCUUAGAAGUCGUCACUACAAACAUUCCCGAAACUGAAAAGGGAGAAAUGCAUAGCUCUUAUAUCCCAUACUUAAGCUGCUUGGUUCCUCGAGCGGCGAACGCUGAUGAUUGGAAGGAUAUAUGGCUAGGUGGCGUACCAAUGCAAAAGGCCGAGAACAUAAUGAAUUGGUCGCAGUUGAUACAGAGGAUCAUUGCAACAGACAAAAAGGAGCUGUUGCUUUGUCUUGCAUUAACGGUUAUUGACUUCCGAACGUCGGAUGAGAGCAUACAAACUGCUGGUCUGCAAUUGUUUGAGCAUACUGCCGCACAUCGUCCGGAGGUGUUCAUUCUUAUGCACGACCGUGUCAUGGCUGAACUAGAAGAAAUCUUAGUAUCUUCGCAAAGCCAGACAAUGUUGAAGGCAACACACGAAGUAAUUAGGAAAAUAGCAGGCGACAGGCGGUUCUCUGACCGCCAGGGAACGCAGGACGUGUUGGACCGAAUACUCGAGAGCAUUGGAUUCUCGGGUAUAUGGUCUUCGACGACAUUUAAGAGGACAUCGAAUGAUCAGGAACGGAUGUGUGUUGACCGUUUAAUUGAAUUGAUUAUUGCGUAA